AUGGGGGUGAAGCUCUGCCUGGUUCUCCUCCUCCUCGCCGCGGCGGUGGUGCCGCAAUCCGCAAGCCACAGCAACGAAGUCGUUUUCUCCCCCGGCGGCGACUUGUUCGGAGAAUUGAGCCCACGAAACCUGCUGGGUCGUGAUUUGCUUCAGAAGGGGAAGUAUCUGAGCUACGCGGCGCUGAAGAAGAACAUCAUCCCUUGCGGCGGCAGGGGCAUGUCUUACUACGACUGCACCAAGCGCAAGAGAGCCAAUCCUUACAGACGCUCCUGCCUCGCCAUCCAUGGCUGCGCUCGAUUCACCGAUUGA